AUGGCGCAGAUGGCACUUGUUCCGGUGGGGGAUGGCGAACUCGUGGAGCAGCAGAUUCCAGAGCCAGUCGCAGACCAGAACUUCAACAGGAAGAAGAUGUUCGAGCUGCAGCAGGAGCUGUCGACGCUGCAGAAGCGCUCCCUGAAACAGCAUGAGGCCGUCAUCCACCUGGAGACAGGCCUCAAAUCCAUGAUUUCGGAGGUGGACCUGCGCCGGGCCCUGGGGCUGGCCUUCCAGGAGUUCGAGAACCGCAUUGAGGAUGCCUUCCAGGACUCCAACAGAAAGUGCUUAGGGAUGUUCUCAAAGCGAGAGGAAGUGACAGAGCUCCAGGCAGCGAUAACGAAGAAAGUGAACUGGGCCGAGUACAAUGCUGUGCUGAAGAAGCUCUCGGACCUCAGACAGUACGUGGAUGGCAUGGCUGAGUCGGUCUUCAUCGGCCAGCGCGAAGCCUUGGAGUCCGAGUUCGCGAAGAAGGCCAACGCCGAUUGGGUGGAGAAGUCGAUGGGAGAGAAGGCUGACUUUGCAGACCUGAACGAUGUCCGAGCCCGCCUGGAAAGGCUCGAAGUUCUGGUCUCGCACAAUGACCAGAAGCAUACCGCCAAGCUGCAGGCGAUGCGAGAGGAAUCUGCUUCCCAGAACAAUGACAUGUUUCAGCGCCAAUCCGUGUUGAUGAAAGAGGCCAACAGCACAAUGACCUCCAGCAAACAGCAGUUUCAGGACAUGAAGAACAUGAUCGAACGCCACGAGUCCCGCCUGAAGAGCGUGGACUCGUCCGUUGGAGAGCUCAGCAAGGCGCAGCACGAGCUCCAAGGACUUGCGCAGAAGGCGCUGCUCCCGCGGCUGGAGACUGCAGAGGCCAGCCUUGUGCGCUUAGAGCGAGCAGACGGUACCAACCGGGAGCAGGUCAUCAAGCUGGAGUCGAAAGCCGAGGAGCUCAAAGGCGCCUUGGAUCAGCGCUUUCGCGAUCUCUCUCAGCAGGGAGGUCACUUCAAGGAGCAGUUGGACUUUCUCAUGCAGGCGACUGACAUGUUGAAGCGCCGACUGAGGGAGGUGGCCAAGACUCAGACCGGAAAGAUGAAAGAGCUGGCGGAUGACCAGGACAAGCACGUACAGCAGCUCGCAGCUGUGGAAAGGGUGCUGAAAAAGCAGGAGCGCGACGUUCGUGCCAUGGAGUUCCGUUCCACAAAGGGGGACACCGCCGACUCCUGGCGCUGCGCCUUGCCCAUGCUCGCCACGCCGGAUGACCCGGACCCCAACGUCCGGCUGAACAGCGUGCUGGACCAGCUGGAGAAGAUGGCGUGCAGGUCUGAGGAGAGUACGCACAUUGCGCCAUGGAAUCCCAACCGACCGCCCCUUCCGGUCAGCGCAGACACGACUGGAGAGUGGGAGCGGCUCUCUCACGCCAACAUGGGAGGGGCGCCCGACGCCGAGUCUGCUCGAGCCGGACAUAUGGCUGUGACGAGCGGCGUUCGAGGAAUGUAUGGGCUGAGCCCCCGAACUCCGGCCAACACGGGCAAAAUGAGCAAGAAGGCAAAGCGCACGUUCUAG